AUGGCGGAUAUACAGAAACAGAACGAGGAAUUACAGCGAGAGGUCGCUCGCCUCAAGAAGGAAGCAGCGCUGCAGAAGCAGAAUGAGGCUCUGAAGAAGGAGAUCGCCCUUCUGAAGAAAGCAGCCGCUCUCCAUCCUUCAACCGCAGACAAGGCAGCUAAGAAGCCAACAGACGAUGCGGUUAAGAAGGUCAUGGCAGCCAAAAAGGCAACGGACGAAGCUAUCAAAAAGGUCUCAACCAAACAGCCGGCGUAUGAUGUUGCGGCGAAGAAGGCACGAGACCAGGCCGCGGAGGCAAAGAUAUCAUCAAGGCAGGCCAUCAAGGCCGUUGCAUCCUUGCCCAAGCCAGAUGUGCCCGAAGUGGAGGCAAAGGUACCAUCAAGGCAGGAAAUCAAGGCCGCCGCAUCCAAGUCCAAGCCAAAUCUGCCCGACACAUCAGACAUCAAGGACCAUGCGCCUGCACCAGUCAAGAAGUCCACCUCGGCUGCCAAGCCAUCCGUGAGCAAGACGGCCGCCGAGGCCAAGAAGGCAGUCGCAGAGUCUGCAACUCUAGAUGGGUCAGAAGCUACGACCGAGAAGAAAAAGAAGAAGAAGAAGAUCAGGCACACCCCCAAGUACGACAUGGCUGCAGCCCUGUCGCGCGGUGAGGAGAUUCCCGGCCUCACAGACAAGAAGCCGCUGGUCCGAAAGGUGCCGAAGGCCGCACCCCCCGCCGUCAAGGCACCGCAGCCCGCGGCGGAGGAACUGCCCCAGCAGCCACAGGCCGCUGUCAAGAAACCUGUGCCGCAGGCGCCACAGGCGCCCAAGAAGGAGAAGGUGUACUUGGACGAUGCCAAGAUCCCCACACAUCAGAUCCUGGCCCAGCGCAAGAAGGAAGAGGCCCUCAAGCAGCAGCAAGAAGCCCUGCAGCGACAGCAGGGCCAGGGCCAGGGCCAGGGACAAGAACAGGGCCAAGGCGGUGCACUCGGCGCCGUUGGCAAGACCGGAAAGGGCGCUCUGGACGGUGCCGGGAACCUUGCGCAGCAAGGAAUCUUCACUAUCGGCGACGUCGGCAAGGGCCUGCCAGUUGCUGGAAAGGCCGUCAACGGCGCAACCCGUGGGGUUGGCCAGACUGUUGGAGCUGCCACAGGUGGACUUGGACAGACCCUGGGCGACACCACUGGUGCUCUUGGCCGCGGCGAUAUUGGUGGCACUCUGGGCGGUGCGACCAAGGGCCUUGGGAACACCGUCGGAGGCGUAGGAAAAGGAUUGGGAGAUACCGUCGGAGGCACUGUCGGUGGCCUCGGAGACAGCCUUCCAGGACCAGUCGGCGGAAUCGUUGGCGGAGCCGGUCGUGGUCUCGGCGACGCUGUCGGCGGAAUCACAGGUGGCCUAGGAAAGGGCGUCGGCAAGGUUGGCCAAGGAGACCUACUUGGCGGCGUCGGCGAUGUCGUCGGCGGAGUCACUGACGGAGUCGGCGGAGGUGUCCUGGGCGGAUUGGGCGGGCAACCGCAAGGCAAGGGAGGCAAGGAAGGAGGAGGUGGUGGCGGACUCCUAGGGCUUGGAGGUGGCGGAAAAGGGGGAGGUGGACUCCUCGGCCUCUAA